AUGGUUACCUGGGUCUUGCUGGAUGGUGAUGGCUAUUUAUUAUCUGCGGCUGCUGCCCCAUACUUCGCCAUCUACCUCCGAGAGAACGGUUACAGCGUUUCCCAGCGUAAUAUUAUCCCUGGUUGCGCUAAUCUCGUGUCCGUGUUGACCGAUUUUACCUGGAGUUUUAUGUCUGACUACAUGCAGAACUGUGUAUACUGGAUGGUUGGCCCAAUUCUUGACAGCUUGGCCACCUUCCGACGCUGCUCGCGUAGCAGGUUUUUUGCCGCCAGUGGUUACGCUACCGGCAUCAUGUGGACCUGGGCCAACGAGAUCAAUGUUCGUAAUGCUGAAGAGCGAGCCAUAACCAUCUCCAGCAUGAACGGCUUUUUCUAUGCGACUACCUUGUUUAUGCCCACCCUUAUCUUCCCUCAAACUAUGGCUCCCAAGUUCGAGCGCGGUUUUCCUACCGUCCUGUCUUUCGCCGUUGGCGCUUGUGGUCUUAUUCUGUUUGCCAAUUUCUCGCACCAGCAACAACUGCGCAUGGAAGCUGAGGCAACUGCUAGCGAAGUACCAGCGGAGGUUCCUGAAUCUGAUGUUGAUGAGACUGAGAAGAAGGCUUAA